CUAGAGAAAGUUUGCAUAGUGGGCCUAUAUUGCUGAGAAAGAAGAAUGUGCCUAUUGGAAACAAUCCAGGAGACAGCCCUAACAAAGGUAAAAAGUAUUGUAGAUGUAUCAAAGAUGAAUUUCAACAGGACCAUCACCUAAUGAGAUUCAUCAAAGUAAGAAACUGCCUUUAAGAAACUUCCUUUGAGAUACAUGCGUUCUUGAAGAAGUCCCUCAAAUAGUGAUGUGUAUUAGGUGCAACUUGUGGAGUUGAAUCAAACUAAGUUGAAAAAGGAGUAUCUUUAAUUUUCUCAGCCUUCAUAGAAGAGGAAAUGCAGACGGGUCAUUGGAGGGCUCUUCUUUCUUCUUCUACUCUGCUGAAGGGUAACUCCCCAUCCCAACUUCCUCAAACCUCUGAUGAGCUGCUGCCGCUCGACUCUGAAGUGCAUUCUUUUUUUGAUGAGAGGCAUCUCUAGGUACCAACCCUGACCUGGUCCUCAUGCUGCCAAGGCUGUUGCUGUUGAUCUGUGCUCCACUCUGUGAAGCCAUUGAGCUGUUGCUGAUAGCCAGCCCCUCCCGCCCCACAGAGGGGAGCCCGGUGACCCUGACCUGUAAGAUGCACUCUCUACAGACAUUAAAUGCCCAGUUCCAAUUCUGCUUCUUCAGAGAUUCCAGGGCCUUGGGCCAGGGCUGGAGCAGCUCCCCCAAGCUCGAGAUCACCGCCAUGUGGAAAGAAGACUCAGGGUCUUACUGGUGCCAGGCACAGGCAAUGCCAUCCAAAGUCCUGAGGAGCCCGAUAUCCCAGAUAAACGUGCAAAGAAUCCCUGUCGCUGAUGUGAGCUUGGAGACUCAGCCCCCAGGAGGACAGGUGAUGGAGGGAGACAGGCUGGUCCUCAUCUGCUCAGUCGCUAUGGGCACAGGAAAUAUCACCUUCCUUUGGUACAAAGGGGCCACAGGUUUAAACCUUCAGACAAAGACCCAGCGUUCACUGACAGCAGAGUAUGAGAUCCCUACAGUGAGGGAGAGCGAUGCUGAGCAAUAUUACUGUGUAGCCGAAAAUGGCUAUGAUCCCAGCCCCAGUGGGCUGGUGAGCAUCACUGUCAGAAUUCCGGUGUCUCGCCCCAUCCUCACACUCAGGGCUCCCAGAGCUGAGGCUGUGGUGGGGGAUGUGCUGGAGCUUCACUGUGAGGCCCAGAGAGGCUCUCCCCCAAUCCUGUACUGGUUUUAUCAUGAGGAUGUCACCUUCGGGAGCAGCUCGGCCCCCUCUGGAGGAGGAGUCUCCUUCAACCUCUCCCUGACUGCAGAACAUUCUGGAAACUACUCCUGUGAGGCCAAGAAUGGCCUGGGGGCCCAGCGCAGUGAAGCAGUGACACUCGACUUCAUAGUGCCCACAGGAGACAGAAGCAAUCAUAUUACCUCAAGAGUCAUUGAGGGGCUGCUUGGCACCCUUGGACCUGUCACCGUGGCCUUAUUAUUUUGCUAUGGCCUCAAAAGAAAAAUAGGAAGACGUUCAGCCAGGGAUCCACUCAGGAGUCUUCCCAGCCCUGUACCCCAAGAGUUCACCUGCCUCAACUCAAACUCACCUACCCCAGGGCAGCUACAGCCUGUAUAUGAAAAUGCGAAUGCUGUACGUGGGGACGAGGUUUAUUCAUUGGUGUACUAUAACCAGCAGUCAGCAGCAGAAACCCCAGGGGCACAUAGGGAGGACAAGGUUUCCAUAGACAUCUAUGCCAGGCCGAGGAAAGCAAGCAUUACAGAUGUGGACUAUGAAGACGCUGUGUAAGGUUAUGGAAAAUUCUGCUCUUUGAAAACCAUCCAUGACACCAAGCCUCAGACCUGAUAUGUUCUUCAGCGAUCCUGGAGCAUCAGCUUUCUGGUAUAUCUCUUCCGGGUGCCAUUCUCCAACGGGAACUUUGUUAUCAGAACCAGAUUCCUGCUGCCUCCUUUGAGAACAGGUCAAAUUAUGCUUCUCUGUUUACAAGACUAAACAAGAUGGAAUAAAAGAAAUUGGGAUCUUGGGGUGGAGGCACAGUGAAGCUUAGAGCACAUGAACUCAAGGUUCGUGAUUCUGCAGGACUCCUCAGUAGAGAGCUGUGCCCAUCAUUAGGUCUAAGCGCUUUCUCUGCCCAGGCAACACAGAACUCCAGCCCUGCCACUUACAUGGAUUGUCGUGUUUCCAUCUAAAAUAGGACUCUAUUUAUUUUGAGUCAUUGUUACCAAUUUAUAUUUAAAACAAAGGUACAUAAAAAGUUAUUGUGAUUACACUUAAUUUGACCUAUUUUGUAUAUAUAGGCCAACCUAUACUGCAUCCAAAAUUAUCUAUUACAGCCUCUAAACGUUUUAUGAAUACAGUGUGUCUUCUUUGAGUCACA